AUGUCCCAGCCUCGCUGGGCGGCCGCCCAAGCUCCACCACCAUGGGCGCUCAAUGCCUCCCGCUCGGCAGUAAUCUUCUUGACGGGCCUCGGUGGGAGCACGCUCCCCCUGUGUCUCGGAACCGGGCAGUCAUCGGCACUCGAGCUUGGCGUGGCGUUCAGCGGCGGUGUGUUCAUAGCGGCGGGCUUCUGCCACCUGCUCCCGGAUGCGACUGAGGCUCUCUCCGACGCAAUGGGGAUAGACUACCCCGUGGCGCCGCUGCUGUGCAGCCUGGGCAUGCUGGCGAUGCUGAUCAUCGACCAGCUGACCACGCGAGCGAUUGCGAAGCGGGGCACCGCCCCGGCGCCGGUAAGGCUCUCCGACGAAGACGAGGCCGAGCCCGCCGACCACGCGCCAGGCGAGGAGGUGGUGCCGCUCCUCAGCUCCGGGCUGAUCCCGUCGAUCAUCCUCUUCAGCGCGCUCUCCUUCCACUCGCUGAUGGCCGGGCUGUCGCUGGGCGUGAGCGAUCAGACGGCGUGGGCCAUCUUCAUCAGCAUCCUCGCCCACAAGGCCUUCGCGGCCUUUGCCCUGGGCGCCAGCUUCGUGAGGCAUCUGGCCGUGUCUAGACGCACGAUUGCCUGCUGGAUGCUCGCCUUCUCCGUCACGACGCCGACAGGAGUGAUGCUUGGGACUGCGCUCACAACGGUGGCGGACAAUGCGCUCACCGGGGCGCUAACCGCCGUCGCCGCCGGCACCUUUCUGCACGUCGGCCUGAUAGAGGUGGCGCAGCGCGAGCUCGCCAAGGCGGAGCACGUGUGUGGCAGCAUGCUGAUGCUCCUUCUGGGCUUCUCGUUGAUGGCGCUGCUGGCGCUGUGGGAGGCCGAGACUCUGCUGCGCCGCCCGACAGAAGGAUCUGACGAGCACCUUGAGGAUGAGACGGCAGACUUGGGCCGAGUGUCGCGGUUCAAGGACGCGCUCGCGUCAGCCCAACAGCGCGAGGGCGUCGAGCACACGACUCGGCACAAGCCAGCGAGGCGCAAGCUCGAGCCCGGGCAAUCAUCUGGAGUCUGCGUCGCCGUCCUGCUGACAGCCUCUGUGAUAGACAUGCUCGGCGGGAUUGCGGACGCGGCACCGCGGCUCGAGGCGGACUUGGACGUCGCGCUGCAGAUCGCGAUGGCUCGGCCUCGCGUCACUGGUCCGCGGCGGCGCGAGGCGCGCUGGUCUGGCUGGCUCUCGGCGCUGCGGGGCGUGCUGCGCCGCUACGGCUGGUCGCGUGUGCGGGGCGGGUGGGACGCGCUCGACAAGUGGCUGCUGACAAGGGCGCAGGAGCGCGCGCGCAGGGCCACGCCGUCGGUCGAGACGCAAGUCCGGCGCGAGCUGGGAUAUUGA